GAACCGGUUGAGCUGCAUGAUCCGACCGAACAUUACAAACGGAAAAAUUCCAAUCCCGGAUACGAUCGGGUUCGGAAUUGGGAAAUCUUGGCAGUCCAAAAUCAACCACCUAAAUUUUGAGGCCCUCUCGGAAACCUCCGGCCGUUACAAAUCCUAUGGUAUCCUUGGUAAUUCUCUCGAAUGCCUGUCCGUGUCCCGCAGUCGGUGUCCCCCGCGGGAAAACCGAAUUCCUUUCCUCGCUCCCUCCGGCCCAGCCAUCCCUGCCACCUUCCUUUGUUCUCAAUUUUUUGAUAUAGUUUUUCUUUUUUCAAAAAUGAAGGAAGAAGAUCUAUUUCUUCUCAAGAACGAAAAUGUAGAUAAUCUUGGAAAUUUUAAUCACUCCAUCCCGGAAAUUAUUUGAUUUUAUUUUAUUGUCCCAUUCGAUCGAUUUCUUGCUCGCUUCUUCGGGAUGUCGAGAUCGUCGUUCAGCGAGCCGGAGUCGCCGGCGGCGUCGGUGGAGGGGCUGACGAGGAUGACGAGGACGUCGUCAGCGUCGUCGAGGACGUCGCUCGUGGAGUCGUUCAGGGCGUGCGUGAUCGCGGGGGCGGGGCUCGAUAAGGAGUACCUCCGCCGGAGGAUCACUAUCCCCGACCGCCUCCGGGCCGCCAUUGCCGAGGCCAUCCGGUCCCGGGACCCCGGCGCCACCGCCGCGGCGGCGGCAGUGGAGGAGGUGGGGGCGCACGGCCCUUGCCUCGGGUACGACGACGUGCCGGAGGCGCCCAUGCUCGUCUUCGUCAACUCCCGCAGCGGCGGCCGCCACGGCCCCGUCCUCAAGAACCGCCUCCAGGAGUUGAUGGGCGAGGAACAGGUUUUUGAUCUUUCAAUGGUGAAGCCUUCUGAAUUUGUUCAGUAUGGUUUGGCUUGCCUGGAGAAGCUGGCUGAUCUUGGUGACUAUUGCGCGAAGGAAACUCGGGAAAAGUUGAGAAUUAUGGUUGCAGGAGGAGAUGGUACGGUAGGAUGGGUGUUAGGCAGCCUUGGGGAACUUUUUGUGCAGAACAGAGAGCCAGUUCCUCCUGUUGGCAUCAUUCCGCUUGGAACAGGAAAUGACCUUUCUAGGAGCUUUGGUUGGGGUGGUUCAUUUCCUUUUGCAUGGAAGUCGGCCGUGAAACGUUCUCUCAAUAAGGCUAUUUCUGGUCCAAUUUGCCGACUUGAUAGUUGGCAUAUCCUUGUUUCGAUGCCAGAAGGAGAAGUGAUAGAAAUGCCACACUCUCUUAGGUAUCUAGGAGAGUCCACUUAUAUUCAGGAUGGGAAUAUUGAAGGGGAGGUACCUGAAAAGGUUUCUUGCUUCGAGGGAGUCUUCUAUAACUAUUUUAGCAUAGGAAUGGAUGCUCAAGUUGCUUAUGGCUUCCAUCAUUUACGUGAUGAAAGACCAUACCUUGCACAAGGUCCAAUAACAAACAAGUUGAUCUACACCGGAUAUACUUGCAAGCAGGGGUGGUUCUUUACGCCUUGUAUGAGUGAUCCAAGUUUAAGGGGACUUCGAAACAUUCUGCGGUUGUCUAUCAAAAAGGUUAAUUGUUCGGAGUGGGAGCAAAUUCUCGUCCCUCCCAGUGUUAGGGCAAUAGUUGCCCUGAAUCUUCACAGCUAUGGGAGUGGAAGGAAUCCAUGGGGUAUUCUGAAACCUGAAUAUUUAGAAAAGCGAGGCUUUGUUGAGGCCCAAGUUGAUGAUGGUUUACUUGAAAUUUUUGGUCUAAAGCAAGGGUGGCAUGCUUCACUUGUUAUGGUUGAACUCAUAUCAGCUAAACACAUUGCUCAGGCUGCGGCAAUUAGGUUGGAAAUCAGAGGUGGUCGGUGGAGAGAUGCUUACAUGCAAAUGGAUGGGGAGCCAUGGAAACAACCAAUGAGUACAGAGUAUUCAAGUUUCGUGGAAAUAAAAAGGGUGCCAUUUCAGUCACUUGUAAUAAAUGGCGAGUGAUUACAAUGAUUUAUUGGAUAAGUUGGAGAAGCACCGAGGACUUCCAAAAGGCCAUCUCAUCAUUGAAGGAACUCAACCAAACUUUACAGUCUAUCAGUUAUUUCUGGUCGUUCAUUGGCGUGUUUAUAUAUUGUCAUGUGAUUGUCGCAACGAGUGGCUGCUAUUGGAAGUUUUCCCAUAAUUAGAUGCUUUACUUUCCCUUGAAGGUAGCUGCAGAUUAUGACCUGCUUGUGAUGUAUCAUUUGUUUACUCGGCUUUCUGUUGUGAGUAAGAGGGAGACAGGUUGGGCAAGAAACUUCCCUGUUCUUCCACUUUUUUGGAUUAGCAGCUCAGCACUAACACAGCCUCUCUAUUUUAAUCCCAGCAAA